GGACAGAGACCCUGCAGAGAGGAGAGAGGGAGAGAGAAAGAACAAAGAGGAGAGGCAGGUGGUGCAGAGCAAUCCUGACAGGGGGACAGUUUCAAAAAAAAUGGGGAAAAAAUGAACCAGACGACUGCUGCAGCAUCUGUCCGCCCGCUGGGCCUCACUCAGAUGUCUUUCUUCAUCUGAGUGUGUCAGGAAGUGGCUGUUCUUUGGUGCCAAGCUAUUUGAAGCUGAAAAACCACUGGUGUCCCACCCGUACAAGAGCCUGAUGACGUUUGGAGGCUGCAAACAGGACCUGAUGCUGGUGGUGGGACAAAGCAUCAGUACCAACAGCAGCAAAGACAAACUGACAGAGAAGCAUCUGUUUACUAUGGACACCUCCAAGAUCAGGGAAAUCACCCUCGUCAUCUCCAAUUACAUCAACAGCACUCAUCAGCAGAAGGUCGCCGCCCACCACCUCUCUGCCCCAGCUUUGAUGGUGGCCCAGCCCAUCAACCUAAAGAGCAAAGAGCUGAGGAGUAAGUCCCCUCCAGUGCUGGGACACCCCAGCAAGGCUCCCACACUUCUGUGACAUCAUGAAAAGAUCAUCCCCUGACCUCUAUGAAAUACUCACUUUUGUUAAGCUGCCUUUAACCAUAUUUACGUUUGAAAAGAAGGAUUUAUUUACAGCUGCAUUAGGUCUCAUUGAAUUGUCACAAAGCUCUUCAUUCUGAACAGUCAGAUCCUGUAUAUUUGUCACACUAGGCCAGGUUAAUUUCUGUUAUGCAGAAUAGUCACUUGUCUGCCUACUAGAAACAACAAGUGCUGUCUCCCUCCAUCCAGAUAAGGCUGGACUGAAAAACAACUGUC